AUGGGAGCAGUGAGUGAUGGAAUUCGCAGCAGAAAGAAGUCAUCAUCAAGAGGGCACCACAGGUUUGUAGGGGUUCGUCAAAGGCCAUCAGGGAGAUGGGUUGCAGAGAUCAAAGACUCGUUACAAAAGGUUAGGCUUUGGCUAGGAACCUUUGACACUGCUGAGGAUGCAGCUCGUGCAUAUGACAAUGCUGCUAGAGCUUUGAGAGGUGCUAAUGCUAGAACCAACUUUGAGUUACCUGAGUCUGGAACCUCUGGUGUUGGUGUUGCUACUAAGCGUGGUGGUGUUGGUGGUUCCAACUUCAUGCUUGAUAACACUGAACCCUUUUCUUUUGAGGAUGUUAAUGAGUCAGGUGCAGAUGCUGAAGGCCUUCUUGGUGCACUUAAGGCCAAACUUUUUGAUGGAAAAGAAGGGAAGUUUCACUUUCCAUCAUAUCUUGCUAAUUGUGCUGCGCCGGUUGUUCCAUCUGGUGUGGUUUCAAGAACAACUCAGAACUGUUCUGGGAAGAAAGAGUUAUCAUCAUCAUCAUCAUCAGUAGCUAAUGUUUCUCUCACUGGGGUGAAUGGAGCAGCAAACAACACUCUGGCUGGUUUGAUGGGUACUUUAACUUCAUCAAACACUUGUGCUAAAAGUGUGCUUGUCCCUAAUCAUGAUCAUGAAGGUGCGGGAGUCAACUCUCAUCAACUUUGUCAAACCCCUACUUUGACAAGCAUGACAUGGUCCAAUGAAAUGGCAUAUGAAUUGUCUUGGCCUACCCAGAUGAGCCAAGUUACUGAUAAUAGUCUGCUUGCAUCAGCCAGUGCAGCCACCUUGACAUGGCCACUUUCUGGGGUAAUUGACUCCUCUGUUGACGAUAUCACAUGCACUGAUAUAGGGGCACCAAAUAGCAACAAAAGUGGCCAAAUGAAUAUGGUAAGCAUGCAGAUGCAGGUACCUCUUGUUGGUGGAGCAAAUGAAGGCCUUUGGACAUUGGAGCAGCAUCAAUUUGUGCAAUGUGAGAACAGUUGGUUUAGUUCUAAUGGCUCUUGGGAUCCUCUCCUCUUUGUGCCCUCUGAGCUAGCUUGA